CCCGUGGAGUCCACGGAGCGGAUCCAGCGGCAGCAGCAGCUGUUCGGAGUGGAUUACAAGCCCGUCAUCAGAUGGGAGCAGGUGGUGGAUCUGACAUACUCCCUGCGCCUCGGAGCAAAACCCAGGCCCAUGGAGCAGGAUGAGGCUGCAGUAGAGAAGCUUCGGUUUGUGCCCCCAACAUGGACUUACGAAUGUGAUGAAGACCUGGUGCAUUUCUUAUAUGACCACAUUGGGAAGGAGGAUGAGAACUUGGGCAGCGUUAAGCAGUACGUGGACAGCAUCGAUGUCUCGUCCUACACGGAGGACUUCAAUGUGUCCUGCCUGACAGACAGCCAUGCCGACACAUACUGGGAGAGUGAUGGGUCCCAGGGCCAGCACUGGGUGCGGCUCAACAUGAAGAAAGGCACCAUUGUCAAGAAGCUGCUGCUGACAGUGGAUACCACUGAUGAGAACUUCAUGCCCAAGCGGGUUGCUGUGUAUGGGGGCGAGGGGGACAAUCUGAAGAAACUCAACGAUGUCGGCAUUGAUGAGAGCUAUAUUGGGGAUGUGUGCAUCCUUGAGGACAUGACAACACACCUGCCUGUCAUCGAGAUCCGGAUUGUGGAGUGCAGAGACGAUGGGAUUGAUGUUCGUAUCCGAGGCAUCAAAAUCAAAUCCUCGCGGCAGAGGGACUUGGGACUCAGUGCUGACAUGUUCCAGUUGCCCAAUUUGGUGCGUUACCCUCGCCUAGAAGGGACUGACCCUGACCUGCUGUACCGAAGGGCUGUGCUCAUUCAAAGAUUCAUCAAGCUCCUGGACAGUGUCCUGCAUCACUUGGUGCCAGCCUGGGACCACACUGUUGGCACGUUCAGCAAACUCAAGCACAUCAAGCAGUUCUUGCUGUUGUCCAAGAAGCGCACAGCUCUCAUUACCCAGUGUCUGAAGGACUCAGAGACCAGCAAGCCCAACUUCAUGCCAAGGCUCUACAUUAACCGACGCCUGGCCAUGGAGCACCGGGACAACCCUGCCCUGGACCCCAGCUGCAAGAAUGCUGUCUUCACCCAGGUAUAUGAAGGCCUGAAACCUUCAGACAAGUUUGAAAAACCUCUAGAUUAUAGGUGGCCGUUGCGUUAUGACCAGUGGUGGGAGUGCAAAUUUGUCGCAGAGGGCAUCAUCGACCAAGGUGGUGGUUUUCGGGACAGCCUAGCAGACAUGUCAGAAGAGCUGUGCCCCAGCUCAGCAGACACCCCUGUGCCUCUGCCCUUCUUCGUGCGCACAUCCAACCAGGGUAAUGGCACUGGAGAAGCUAGGGACAUGUAUGUCCCCAACCCCUCCUGUAAAGACUUCCCAAAGUACGAGUGGAUUGGGCAGAUCAUGGGAGCUGCUCUGAGGGGCAAGGAGUUUCUGGUCCUGGCUCUUCCUGGCUUUGUAUGGAAACAAUUAACAGGGGAAGAGGUCAGCUGGAGCAAAGACUUUCCUGCUGUGGACUCCGUGUUGGUGAAGCUCCUGGAGGUGAUGGAAGUCAUGGAUAAAGACACCUUUGAAUUCAAAUUUGGGAAUGAGCUGACCUACACGACAGUGCUGAGUGACCAGCGCAUGGUGGAGCUGAUCCCCAACGGCAGCAACACCGCUGUGCGCUACGAGGACCGCAAGGAGUUCAUCCGCCUGGUGCAAAAGGCUCGGCUGGAGGAGAGCAAGGAGCAGAUCAUGGCCAUGCAGGCUGGGCUGCUGAAGGUGGUGCCCCAAGCUGUUCUUGACCUCCUUACAUGGCAGGAGCUUGAAAAAAAGGUCUGUGGGGACCCUGAAGUCACAGUUGAUGCCCUGAAGAGGCUCACCCGGUUUGAGGACUUUGAGCCACAGGAUACUCGUGUUCAGUACUUUUGGGAAGCACUCAAUAACUUCACCAAUGAGGAUCGCAGUCGCUUCCUCAGAUUUGUCACUGGCAGAAGUCGCCUACCAGCCCGGAUCUACAUCUAUCCAGACAAGAUGGGCUCAGAGACAACAGAUGCUUUGCCGGAGUCAUCCACCUGCUCCAGCACCCUCUUCUUGCCCAACUAUGCUACAGCCAAGGUAUGUGAAGAGAAGUUGCGCUAUGCUGCCUAUAACUGCGUGGCCAUUGACACAGAUAUGAGUCCAUGGGAAGAGUGACGUUGCAGCCUGACCAAGCAGCAUGGACAAUUGUUCAAGAAAACCAUGCAAUGGAAGCAUUCCCUUGUCCCCACGGGAUGUGUAUAUAUAAUAAAUAUAUAGGUGUGAAGUCUGGCUCCCA